AUUUACUGAACUUUUAUUUUCGGGUCUAAAUUUCGACUCUCCGAUAUGAUUGUUUUUCGAUUACGCGAAAGAGUGACAAUUGCUUGGGAUUCAGUAGUGAAGAUGGGUUUGGGACCUUUGGGUUUUGUAGCAGAUUCGCGCAUUAAUGGUUCCUUUUAUUCUACAGUGUGAAUGACUGUGAUUCAUCCGGAAUUCUGAUUCAAGGAGUUUUCACGGGUAUUUCAAAGCUUUUCUUUUUUGUAUGCCUAUUUUACCUCUCUCUCUCUCUCUCUCUCUCUCUGGUCCUUUUAUGAUUUUAUCUCUGUUGCUUUAUUUUACGAAGAACCUGAUUCUCUGAACAUGUUAAACGAAUUACUUUUCUUACUUUUUUUGCCAUCUCUUUGCUAGCUUUUUGUCUCUUCCUUUGUUUCUUUUUAUUUCACCGACGCGAACAUUACGAGCACUGCUACUCUAACUCUCAUGCUCAGAGAGAGAGACGGAGAGAUAUGCGGCAACUAAAAUUGAUUUUUAUCUUUCUUUGGAAAACCCAAACGCCACUUUUUCAGUUUUCUUUCCGGCGAGCUUUUCGAAACUCAAAUUCUCGAAAGUAGAGUGAAGAAUAAAUAAUCUAAAGGAUCUGGAAAGUUCAGCGUUUCCUGUGGUUGGUUGGGCCCGAUCGAGUUCUGAACUUCUGAGCUUUCGAAGCCAUUUUCAAAUUCAGAUGUUGGGAGGCCAGAAAUGGACAAAGCUCGAGACGUGAGGCGUGGAGCCAGUCGGUUCUCUCUUGCCACGCCCAAGAACCUCUUCUCUGGUAAAUUUUACUCCCACAGAAAGAUACAAAAAGAAAACAAAGCUCCACCCCAUUUUGUACUUGUCGUUAUCUGGGCGUUCCUUGUUUCUCUUUAUGAUAAGGCUCGCCGAUUAUAAGCGUCCCGUGUCCCUUAUUAUCUCCUUUCUCUCGGGCUCUUGUCGUUUAUGUGUGUUUCUAUUUGCGUGCGAUUUUGAAGGGUCUGAUGGUGUUUGUGGGAACUUCGUACAUUCGGAAAGAUCGAAGAAAGAGAGGCUAAGAAGAUUGAGUGUUGUUGGUAGGACGAGCACAAGCUACGAAGACUGCGAAAUGGGUUGCGAUCUGUCUGACAAAGAAGAUGAGCUUCGCUUACAAGCACCGUCUAUGAGUACUUGUUCUAGCAAGAGAUUUAAGAUUCCAAAAAAGUUUUUUGAUGACUGCAAUGGAGUCGAUCAUGCCUCUGUUCCUAGAAAGCUGCGUUCAGCCAUGAAGAAGCGUAAUUGCGAAUCUAUUUCUCCGGAAUCUAUUUCUCCACCUUUACCAGAUUCAAAAAAGCUGAAAGAUACAAUCAGUGGAGUCCAAGCUUCACCCAUAAAGAAUGGUGCAAAGAAAUCCAAACUCAAUGUGAAACACGGAGGCUCAGACUGGUCCCCAGAACAGACUCUCUCUGGGCCAAUAACAAAAGAUGAGGAAGAAGUAGUGGAGACCUUGUAUGCAUUGGCCGGAAUGUUCCCAAACAAUGAUGCAAAUGAGAAGAGUAAAGUUGAAAGCAAAUCCAGGGAACAAAAACCUGUGCCAGAAUCAAGGGCGAGUCCGAUGCCCAUACAAGAUUCUGCAGUUACAAAAGACAACUUGAGCUCAAUGCCCUUGAUAACAGCCAAAGUUGUUGAUCCUUCAGAUAGAUUGCCCAAAGAAACUGGAAAAAUAGUUUUUUUGGACGAACCCAGUAUUCAGGAACAACCGGAUUUGCCCGCUGGAGAGAAAAUCCUAAUGGAAUUAGAUUGUUCUGUACAUCAACUGAAUCUAACUAGCAUGCCAGUCUUAGCUAGUAGUGACAAUGACAGUGUAAAGCCAUUACACAAUUCUGAGCUAAGCUUGGACACAGGCGUAUUAAAUCUACCCACACAACCAGAAACCCCUCUAAUUGAGAGGAAACCAGAGAUGGCGUUGGGGGCAGCAACCGCCGUAACCACUGCAAGUGAACUGGAACAACAAAAUAGAACCAAUGAGCCCAAGAAAAAUGGUACACUUCUAGCUUGCUUGGAAGGUUCGAUAUUGUGGCCGGGAUUGUCUUCAGUUGUCUCAUAUGGUGGUGGGAGUCAUGGUCCUUCUUUGCAGUAUCUCAGGUCCUCUGAUGCUAGAAUUCCGGGUUGGCUUGAUGCUGCUAUGAUUGCCUCCAGACACAGGUCAUCUGAAAAUGGUUCUUCGAGUGGAAAGGUUUCAAAAGUUACUGUUGAAAAAAAUACAUGGAAGAGGUGUGCUGCUCAUGUUCAUAUAAGUCAUCUCAUUCAGAUCUCAAAAAUGCCAGAGAGCCAGGAGAGGUUGCUGCUGCAACUUAAUCAAUUGAGACCAGAGGAAAAAUCAAAUCUAGGAUUUCUAAUGGCAACCAAUAGAUUUGAUGGGGUGAGAAACAGUUUAAAUGACGUAAUGUCUUCUGCCGCUCUAUGCAAUUCUGCCACUGAAAGAAUUUCAAAUGAAGCUAAAACUGAUAUUCUUCAGCCCCAGCGACUUCAUCAAGAUCAGCCCCAGGCUCCGGCAUCCGGGGUGUACACUCAACAGAAGCAGAGUUUCGACUUCUUGUCCUUGUCAGCUGGAGAUGGCGAGAUAGAAGCUAAGAACCGUGCUAAUAGAGCUGGAAAUGGGUUGGAUCCUUUGUCACAACUCCAAGUUCCUUAUCUUCAUUGUCCUGCACAACAGCAGACUCUCAUGCCUUUCACUAUGCCUCAAACUCGCUAUACCUCCUCUGCUUACCCUGAUCAGCGUUCAGUAGCACCAGCAGCAGCACAUCAGCUACAGGUAGCUCCAUAUCUUGGUAGUCCAUAUCGUGGUCCUAACCCAAGUCCUAUGGCCUGGACAAAACAACAGCAGCAGCAACAUCAACACCUUUGGGCUGCCCAGCUAGCAGCUCAUUACAGGCCUGGCGGAACUUCAACAUCCAUGACCCAAGUUUCGAGCUGGCAACAGGGAAGACAAGACCUGCCUAUGCUGAUUCCGUUUGCCCAAACCAUUACCCCACCAUCCCCUUCAUCCCUAGAAGUACUGGGCCCCAAGUAUACUACAGUCUCUCAACAACAGCAGCACAUCAUGGCGAUUGCUACAUCAUUGCCCCCUGCCCGGGUAAAAAAACAAGACCACCUUAUCUCCUCUGUCUACGAAGAGACUGGAGGUGGGUGCCAUGCCACGGGUGCACUACCAUUGCAAUUACUCUGCAAUGAGCGCCGUUGAUGUGAAAUGCAUUGGCAGCUGUUUGGUGAGACAAUGGAUGGGUAACACAUUAUUGCAUUCGUUCUUUCUGUUCAUUCUCGGGACUUGCUGUAGCAUAAUCAAGUAUUUGAAUAUACGUACAAUACUAUUCAUUUCAGAAACCAAAUUAUCAGAAAAAGAAGAGCAUCGAGGUAGGCAGAGGAAAAUUGCUGCCAUGUAUAUGUUGAGGGAAAACCAAGACCUAUCAACUGCUGGAGAAUGGAGAGAUGGUAAUUGAGUUUUGUUGUAUAAUCCUUUUACGAGCAUAUCUAAUCAUAUUGAUGCCUUCUACAGAGAACCGCACCAAAAAGAAUGGAUUGAGUUUAUUUCUAUUUGCCUGUACCCCCACACAGUUGUCUUUCUUGCUUGCAUCCAUUCUUGUUUUGACCUCAUCUGCUUUACGAGGUUUAUGCUAACCGUUCAGAAUAAAGAGAGGCCAAAAAGUAAGAAGGGCCAAAGAGUAGAGAUUUUUAGACCAGAGUUGGUCUCGAGCAACUUCAGUGGAGCUCCCAAUCACAAUAUGUAUACUGCUGGGGAAAGAAAUGGAAGUCUUUUCUCUUGUGGGGCAAGCGAAAUGGAGACAUAAAAAAGAAUGACCUUUGGAUGUUCUUAGAUCACGAGUUUUUUCCAUUCAAGCAUGGUAGAAGUUGGAACCAUGUGAUUGUCACCGAUUAUGCACCAUCCAAUGUAAUUUUAUAGAUGUAAUUUCCGCAGCAAACUAAUGCAUUAAGGACCGAGAAGUAGAAGUGUCGAUUCAACACGCUUUUGUGUUGAAAGGGUUCCUUCCUAUUAAAUGCAUUAUGAUAUUUCAACGUCA